UCGGAAAAAAAUCAGUUUGCUACGCCUCUGUUCUAAUAACACUACUUGAUUUACGAUUUAGACGAAACUUUAGUUGUCAAACGAAUAAAAAAACACAUAUUUAAUCCCACAAACUACGCAUCAUUAAAAACUAAAAUAAUUCUUUUGCAAUGAGGCAAAGAUGGAUGAUCGAGAAACAACGGGUGUUUGCGGAGUCUGGACGGCAUCCAUCGUUACAAAACUGUAAAGGUUAUGUGGAGAUUUCUAGAUCAGUUUGAAACUGAGGCAAUUUUAAAAUAGCGCGGCAAUUGUGUUUUGAUUGUUCAUUUAUUUUCGGGGUGUUCGGAACGCGAUGAACUGGCGGUGAUGUGAUAAUUAUUGUGAGGUUUUAUUUGACCUUAGUGUUUAAACUGUCAUUUAAUAAAAAUGAAGGAUAUUAGUGUAAUUUUUCUUGUGAAGUUCUUCUGGCUUUGUAUCUAAAAUAUUCCAACAGGCCGUUGUUCUUGCUGUUAAUAAUGAUUAAACCGCAAUUGACCAAAUGGGACAAGCGAAUCCAGAGACUGAGAGUAUUUUAGGUAGCAUAAAUGAAAAAAAUCCACAUCAUAAAUCAAUUUUUGCCCAAUCAUAUUAUCAGUCUUGCUUGAGAACAACAAUCGCCAAAAGACGUGAUACAUUUCAUUUGACAAUCAGAAGUAGACAGAGCAGACAAGAAGGACUGCGAGCUAUGGAUUUGUUUAGAAGUUUUUAUCUUUUAACAAGAAUUAGCAAUAAGACCAGUGAUUCGGUUAUUUUUCGCAUACACACUAAACUCACAGUGGCAAUCCUCAUUACCUUGACUAUAUUGGUAACAACUAGACAGUAUGUUGGUAAUCCUAUAGACUGCAUACAUAUAAGAGAUAUACCAGAAGAUGUCUUAAAUACAUACUGUUGGAUACACUCAACAUUUAUCGUGGUAGGUGCAAAUAAUAAUAUAAUUAUUGGAGAAGACCACCAUCCAGGGGUUCUGUAUGCUGGAAAUAAAACAAUUAGACAUGUCAAGUACUAUCAGUGGACUGCCUUUGUUCUGUUUUUUCAGGCAAUUCUAUUCUACACUCCAAGAUGGCUCUGGAAAUCAUGGGAAGGUGGCAAAAUAUGCGCUCUUAUGAUGGAUUUAGAUGUGGCCGUAUGCUCAGACAUAGAAAAAAAGCAAAAGAAAAAACUGAUGAUCGACUAUUUAUGGGACAACUUAAGGUUCCAUAACUGGUGGGCGUAUCGCUAUUACUUCUGUGAAGUUUUAGCUCUUAUAAAUGUGAUAGGGCAAAUGUUUUUAAUGAACAGAUUCUUUGAUGGCGCCUUUUUAAUGUUCGGCUUCGAAGUUAUUUCAUUUAUCAAUGCCGACCAAGAGGACCGCAUCGACCCGAUGAUCCAAAUCUUCCCCAGGAUGACGAAAUGUACCUUUCGAAAAUACGGAGCGUCCGGAGAUGAAGAAAAACAUGACGCUCUUUGUAUUCUUCCCUUAAAUGUGGUGAACGAGAAAAUAUACGUGUUUCUAUGGUUUUGGUUUAUAAUUUUAGCAAUAUUGACACUUAUGACGGUGAUUUAUAGGAUAAUAAUAAUUUUUUCGCCCCGUAUGCGUGUCUAUCUACUUAGAAUGCGUUAUAGGCUUGUGCGAAGAGAAGUAAUUGACACUAUUGUGCGUAGAAGUAAGAUGGGUGACUGGUUUUUGUUUUACAUGUUAGGGGAGAAUAUUGACUCAUUAAUUUUUAGGGAUGUUUUGCAGGAUUUGGCGCAUAAAUUAAACCGACACGAUUUUCAUCAUGCUCCUGGGUUCAAGGGAGAAAUUCAGGAAGCUUAAUUUUUAUCUUUGUUCUAACCUAUUUUAUCGUUUUGUAGAAACUUUGAUAUUUUAAACGAAGUCAAUUAUAGAAAUUAUUAGUUUUAAAAAUAAUAAAAUAAAUUUAAAAAAACUUGACUAAUGUUAUAUGGAUCUUGAAUGAGUAAUUAUUAAACAUUUUCAUUAUACUACUUUUGAAAGGUAGAUAUAGUGUAAUUGAUAAAAAAUCACUAGUCUUUUCAUAAAAGCUAAAUUUGGUUAAAUUUUUUCAACAAACAUAUAUAUAAAAUAAAACUAGAGUAUUAAUUUUUCUGAAACAAUAUAAUAAUAAUUAAGGGACAACUUCUUUUUACAUAUUUUAUUUUAUAACUUUUAAUUCUGUUAAAAUUCUUAAAUUAUGCUUCAGAGACCUGUUGACCAUGGUCGAAUAAAGCAAUUCUUUUCUUAACGUAUGUUAUAAAAAUAUUAUUUCUACUUAAUAUUAAAAUAAAUAGCUUGCACGACGUUAAAUAAAUUAUUAAGCAUUGUAAACUAUUCUGCUAAAAGAUUUUUUUAAUUAAUUUAUAUUUAGUUAAAUUAAUUAAAAAAAAUUAAGUUAUAAAUCCUUAUAUAAGAGUGUUUUAAAUUUCAUUUAAAAAAUUUGAUAAAGUUUGCUUAGCUUAAGGGACUAUGAAAGAAACUUUGAGCUUAGAAUAUAGAUAAAAUAAAAACAACUUUCAGCGUAAAGUUCAAUAUCUGGGGUGAGGGGAAAGACGAGUUUUUUCGAGUAAAAUAAAUAGCUCAUUAUGAAUCUUUAAAAUUGGAUUCUUAAUUUUUUUUUUAUUUCAAUACAUUCAUUUCUCAACACAUUUCUAGAUAAAGUAAUGUGCCUUUUAUAAAAAUUAUAGUUAUAUAUUAAACAAAAAAAAGUAAUGUGUCCCAGAAUGUGUACAAGAUUUAUCAUGAGGCAGAGUUUUUUCAAAAAAUAAUAAAAAUAUCUUUUCUCAUAUACAGAUCGUGUUUUCGUUCGUUACUUAUAGGAAACCGCAUAGAGGCGAAAUUUUGCAUCCUCGCGCGUGUACGAGUACCUACGACAGAGCACCGCCCCGGCCGGCCCGAGGACGGGAAUCGGGAUUAGUAAACAUCUGACAAAAUAUUACGCGAAAAUCCAGGAAUUUUUAAAAUAUUUAUUCUAAUGCGGGUUUUACAGACAUGACAAUAUGUAAAACCCCCAUAGAAUUGUAAUCUUAAAUGUUUAAUAUUUAUGCUGUGUUUUGCAUAAUGAAAAUAAAAGUGUUAUUCUAAUAAAAAAUAAAAUAUCAACUCUGAUAAAAAUAUAAUAAAAGAUCAGAAAUAAAACUCUAAUAAACAAACUUAACAACAUAUUAUUUCUUAAAUAAAAGGCUCAAAUAAACCACCUUCUUUCGCUAAACAAAAACUUAACCUAUCGUAAAAGCUAUUUCGCACCUCCGAAAGAGUUUUAGGUAAAAUGGAAUUGGCACCUUCGACAAUUUUAUUUCGCAACUCCUAUAAAUUUGUUGACCUACUAAAUUCAUGCUUGUAAAUGGUCUGCUUAAGGUAACCCCACAGAUAAAAGUCAUUUGGAGACAAAUCUGGAGACCUAGGAGGCCAUUUAAUAUCACCAGUCCCACUAAUAAGGCGGUUAGGAAAAGUAUUUGGUUAAAAUUCCUUUACCCUAGCCGCGUUAUAAGCAGGACAGCCAUCUUGCUGAAAAUAAACCGAUCCCAGGUAAAAUAAAUAAAAAAAAUAUUUUAAAAAAAAUAUUCUUUUUCAUUUGCCUUUUCCAUCAUGGUUUUACAAAAUUUCAUUCUUCGCCACUAGUCUUCAGGAAAUAUUUCCUGAGUUUUUGAAUACUUGAAACAUUUGUACCCAUAUUUUUUCCAGAUACGAGCAACAGUUUUAUUGCUUAUUCCCAGUUCCUCUCCAACACUUCUAGUGGACCGUGUCGAAUCAAGUUCUAGGGUACUGCAAACGAUUUCUUCCCACCGUUCUAUAUCCUGGACCACUUCAACAGGUGGUUCUUGAUGUUUUGUGUGGCAUUUUUUACAAUCUUGAAGACAAAAAGAUGUCUCAAAAUUUGCAACCACAUUUAAAACCGUUUUUGCACAAGGAAUCGGUCUAUUCUCAAAUGUCACUGAAAACAAAUCUGUACAUUGUACUGCGGAAUUGCCUCCAUAAAACCAUUUAAUUAGUUGAACUCUUUCGGAAGGGGUAUAAACAGCCAUAGUGAAAAAAACACGAAAAUAACGCUCAAAAAUUAUUAAUGCAACGUGCAGUAACACAGCAAAGUAAGGUCUGCUGACUCCCGGUUCGAAAAAUUCCGCCGCCUGCAAGGCGCAACCAAGCGGUGUUGCCAUUAUUUUGGGUAAUACGUAGCUCACGAUAACACGAUCUGUAUACGAAAUAUAUAUCUUUAAAGCCAAGAUCUACAUUCGAAAUUAGUAUUAGGCUUGGUGGAAAUAAAUAAGGGCUUAAGAAAUGUUACUUAAAAUAGAAUGUCGAUAUCCAUGAGAUAAUAAGAAAUAAUAAGAAUCGUAGUAAUAUUUUAAAUUUAAAAUUACGAUUUUUUAAGUUUUUAAUAAUCAUGCAAAUUAAAAUAAAUGCUUACUUUUUAAUAAAUAUUAAUAAAAAGGAAAUCUUUUUCACUUUAUUACUAGUCAAAUAUGUCAAAAGGGGUCUUGUGGCAUAUUUGAUCAUAUUUGUUUUAUUCAUCUUUUAAGUAGAUGCUUGCUUUAUUCAUUUUUAAACAAAGUCUAAACUGUUUAUCACAUUAUAUUGCUUGUACGUAAAAUAAAUAAAAAGAUUUAAAAAUCGCCCAUUUCAAUAUUGAAUUAGUGCGUUGCUUUUAUUUAUCUGCUACAGGAGCUUUUUCAAAAUAGAAUUUUCUAGUAUGAAAAAGCUAAAUAUAUAAGUACUAUAUGAACAUUUGUAUCAUAAAUAUUUUGAAGCUCGACUUUUUUUUUAUAACAAAUACUCCUAUACCCUUCUUACCUUAUCAAUAAUCCCUAAGAUUUACCCUAGCGUAGAACCAAGCGAACUAGCAAAGCAAAAUUUGUAGGAGAAAAAUUUGGAUUAUUUCUAAAAGUACUUUCAUAAUGAGCGGGUACCAAAAUUAAGUUUCAAAAUAGACCCGAUUCUAAAUUAUUAGUCUAUUAUCUAAAUAUUUAGUCGAAAUUAUUAAUAAUAAAUAUUUGGAUACCAGUAUUACCUUUGCCUCCUUAUUUAGUAAAAAAGUAAAUAAUAAUAUUGAUAUAACACAGGUCAAAUCUUAAAAUGCUUUAUUCCUUAGUGAUAUCCAUAUAUCUAUAUCUAGUUUAUAACUUUCACAGUUGAAAAAAUAGCCAUAUAACAAAAUUAAAUACGUUACUUUGCUUUAAGCUUAUAAUAAUAAAUUCCUUAAACAUUAGUUUAUGUAUUAAGUAAUGCAUAGGAUAUAAAAAUAAUAGCCUAAUAUUGUUUAUCAUAAAAAUGUCAUAUUUAUUUCGAAAAAAUUACAUUGAAAAAAUUAUUAAUUUUUAAAAUCAAAGUUUAUUAUUGUGGACAAAUGUUUAUAUAAUAAAGUUA